AUGGCGCACCCUGUUCAAUGGAAAGGAGAAGUGUUAUUCUACGCUAUCGGCAAUACAUCUGCAGUUUGCCUCACACAGGAUCUUUGUCCAACCAAAAAAGCAGACAUGCUGCUUCUUGGGUGCGGCGACCCGAGGCAUGUUCUUUACACUGUAUAUACAAACAGCGCUUGCUCGCAAGGUAAAAGUACAUUCCUCAGAGGAGGUGCAGUGAUCAGCACUACGCAGAAAUUGCCUCAAAUUUGGAACAUUUUUUUCCACCUUUUCCUCGACAAAGCCUCCCUCGACCUGCUCACAUCGCAGUGCACGAAGUUAGUCGGGCUAUCUAGUGAUCUUGAUAGCUGGAACAACGGUCCUUAUGGUCAUUUCCUCCAUAUCUGCACUGGAGAUACUCUCGCCGAGUUGCGGCGCCUUUGGCAGCUCUACAUCAAGACGAUGUCUUUCUCUCCCAGCCAGGCAAAAGAAUUUGAAUCUGUGUUUGCUGUUGCUAUCAAAGCUAAUAGAGCGCGGUUCCGGGACUUACCCACAUCAAGUCGGGCAGCUGGGCCAUUGUCUAUGUAUGCGCUCAACAUAGCAGCUGAUCACUACAACAUUUUCUGGAAGACAGGCAUAUGCUCAGCCGUCCCUGAGAGACCCUUGGAGGUGGUACAUCCAAAUCCAACCUUAGCAUACUCCAUGGCUGGUGACAAAUUUGCGGUCCACUAUGGAACGGACCCUCUCGCUUGCUUUCAUUUGGCAGAAGCCCUUGCGCCAGCUGUUACGGAAUGUACUCUGAAAGAUGUAGUUGAUGUCUGCAAGACGCAGUUUUCCAAAUGGUGCACUUCGGUUUCCAAAGUCUUGUGUAGUCAAUGUCCAUCUUCUCCGAGCCCGCUCAUCAUACGUUGCUUUGUGGGUGACGCCCUCAGCUUGUGUCAAGCCCUUGGGUACUACCACACCACAAAAUUGACAUCCACCCCGUUCUUUGUUGCGCCCUGGAAGCACACGUGCAUCACACUUGAUUCUGAUGCUUACGGGACUCGUACGCAGUCUCCCGCGCCGACCACAUUCAAUGUUAUUGAUACUUCCAACCUUCUUGAUCAUGUCGGCGUGUUGAACAUCCUCGCUAUCACUUCUCCCAUUCUUCAUCGGACUCCAUCCGCCACGUUGUACACGGAAGGUCUCACUGUGGGCAGCUCAGAAGACACGUUUCCGCAACAACUCUGUGGGGAUAUUGUGGCUCUCGGUCUGCUCCUGGGCCUGAUUCCUGUGUCCUUCGUAUCGCAGUUCACAAACCGGUCGAACAUGCAUGAACUCAUCAUGCGGGGAACGCAUCAACAUACAUAUCAGAAUCACGAGCGCCUCACCUGGAAGGUGAUCGGCGGGGCUGAGAAACUUGUGACUGAUCUUGGCCACUCCAUCAACAUCGCUCCAGAGCAGCUUGCGGGCGUCCUCUUCAAUAUUUACCUCAGCAUGUUUUCUCAUGAGAACAUAUUACAAAAGGUAGCCAUGCUCAAGCAGCAGUCGUCCUCGCCAAUCCGACUCUCUGGGGUCAGACAUUACCAUCGUCGUUCGUUCGCGGAGAUUCUAGGUGUCGUCAAGAGGAGGGUGGUCACAGAGUGGGACCCAACAAUGAACAUGCUUCUUCGCAAGAUCCAGGAUGACAAAACCCUUGUGAUCGGGAUGAACUUUUACCAAGAUCUAUGCUGCCAGCUGCACCUUUGCGGUGUUUUUACUGUGGAUUGGAUGUCUCUGCAACAGGCGCAGGGGAUGCAUCGCCUCGAAAAGCCUGUUGUCUUUUGCGAUUGGAAGACCCUCCCGCAAACUGUCUGUGUCGUCCUCGUUGUUCCGCGGGAUUGUCUUCAGCCGCUCUUACCUGAUCUUGACAGAGCUGGAACACCUGUGUUGCAGUGCUUCCUGGGAGGAGAAGCAACCUCAAAUAUGUUCUCUUGCAUCAACACGGUUUUCGGUACCGUUAAGAUCAGCGGCGAGGGCGAUGGCAAAACUGCAGCCAUUGAAGAGGACGCCACUGGACGUUAUGGAACUUCCCCUCUCGUGGUGUGGCUCUCGCUGCCGUCCGUUGUGCUGAUGAACGAGCCUCGUUUAAGGGUUGUACUAUCUCUUCUCUGCACCCCACUGUCCUUAUUCCAAGCGAACUUGGGAGACGAGCAAUUCGUGCACGUUCUCCGACAACGUCCUGAUGCUGGCCCAGAGAGUACUGAGGGAAAGAUUAUGCAGAUCGGUGAUGUGAAUCAUUCCAUGAAGACGUCUGGCGCAUGCACAUUCGUCACGUUAGAUGGAGAAUGUCGGAAACCUCUGUCGUUCACCACUCGCGUAGAUAUCGUCGAACCGGAGAUGAAAGUUUCACUCAUGGGCGGCGCUACUCCCAUUGUGAAUCAAAUUUCUAUGCAUUCGAUCGCCGUCGCCCUUGGAGACCAUUCUUUGGAAUUCUCUUACUUGCUUCCUAUCGAUGCCAAGAAAGUCAAGCUCCGCAUCGCACGAAAAUCGUUAUACAUCGAAGUUAUAUUACCCCUGAAACUCGCCCUUGGAGGAACCGACCUGAUGGACAUGUUCCCCGUUAUUCCGCAGGGAGGCGAUCUUGCUCUCUGGAACAUGCACCGUGUCAACCUCGAUCAAUGUGUGCCUUUCAGCAUCGCCAACGAGAAGGCUCUUGGUUGGGUCAAUCCUCACAUCUCCCUCAUGAUGUCUGAGCGUGAAAGAAGCGCCCCCCAUGGAUUGACAACAGGGUCCACACUACUGGAUAUCAAGCGUACUCUUCAUUUCAUCUUUGGGCGCGCAAGCGGGCUCUCGAAUGGCAAGCCUCCUAUAGGCUAUGCCAUGCAGGCGAUAGAAGAGAGCGAGGCUUUUGUCAUGUUCUACAUCACGGACUUCCGCUUGGAUGUUGGCUCGCACACCAUCGUCGCUGAUGCUUGGGUGAUGCCGUCUUCUCCCACGAUCGAGAAGAUCGAGGCUUUCAUGCAUCUGACGCCUGAUAAUAUACAGGUGAUUGAGAUGGGUGUUGAGGAGAGGAAGGCAUGGACGCACCUCAUCGUGGCUGCGACAGAGCGCUGCCGUACUUGGGAGCACAAACCCAACUGCGAGUAUCGUGUCCAAGGUGCCAUCCCUCUAACGUUGGAGCCAGACGAGAGUCCUAUCUGUUCUUGCGGCGCUGGGGUGGGGACAGAGGCAUUUGUGAAGAAAUACCCGGGGCUUCGAUCGCUUGCGCCCUUUUUGACGAGGGCAGCGAUUAGUCCUCUAUUCGUGCCUUCGUACUUGGAAAAGGGCAUUGAUCUGGAUGAUGGCGAUGCUGAUAUGCAGACUACACCGACGCCUGUGCCUGCACUAGCGCUGCGUGAUGGUUGCGCUGCUUGUGGAAAGGAAGGAGGUACUUCUGGGUCGUUGCUGCUCUGCAGCCGGUGCAAGGUUGUGCGGUAUUGUUCACAGGGUUGUCAGCGAAAGGACUGGAAAGAGCACAAAAAAGGCUGUGUAGUACCUUCCUGAGGAGCUCGUGACAUAGUAGUGGGCCAGCUAAUCGGAG